GAUUUUUUAAAUUUCGAAUCUGUAUAAAAGAGGGUACUCCUACUGGAGGGACAUAUUAUCUAACUGAUUUUCAAGUAGUUAACAGCUAUCCGAAUAAUCAUCACCAUGUUCAAACUGGCUAUUCUCGCCGCCGUCCUGGCUGUCGCUGCUGCCUUCCCCGGAGGUCUGACUGGAGUUGUCUUGGACCAUGGAUUGGGACCCAUUCACGCCCCACAAGUCAUUAGCCAUGCCGUGAGCCACGCUCACGUUAUUGCCCAACCCGCCCCAGUUGUUCAUCAGGUACAUCAGGCCCCACUUGUCCAUCAUGUCCCAGUUGUCCAUCAGGCCCCAGUUGUCCAUCAGGUCCAUCAGGCCCCAGUUGUGCAUCAGGUCCCAAUUGUCACCAAAACAGUUAUCAACUCUCAUGGCCAUGGACACGCCGGACUCUCUCUUGGAGGACACGGAUGGUUGUAAAUGUGUAAAAUCUAAAUCUGAACAGAUGAAUCUCUCCCCUUCCUUCGUCACGGAUAUCGUUUCGGCCCAUCACAGGAAUUGGAUUCUUCAACACCCCCCUCCCCCCACACUCCCAUCAAAGACGAGAAUUCUGUAAAUUUUCAAAAUGUGUAAAAUGUGAGUCAAAUCCCACCGAACACUUCAUACAUCAAUUUUCGCAAUUUUUGUAAAGUUUUAAUAAAAUUUUUCCCUAUAAUUCUA